AUGUAUGACAUAGUAGAUUUGAGAAUUCAUUAUGGGGGUAGUUUUGUGCAAGAUCCAAGACUACGAUAUAUAAAUGGAGAAGUUGAUGAAGUAACAACUGAUCCCGAUCUUAUUUGUGUACCUCACUUGAUGAAGUUCAUAGCACAUGAGAGAUAUGGUAAGGUCAAAAGUCUAUCUUACAAGUUAAGUAUGGAGGCGAUGGAAAAGCUUAGGCCAUUCUUUAAUGACACCCACACGAUGGAGUUGAUGACGCUAGCACGUAGAUAUAAGAAGGUGGACAUAUAUGUUGAGCAUGGUGUUGAAGAAGAAAAUGAAGGUAAUCCAAGUGUUGAUCUUGAGGAAACAAAUGAAGGUAAUGAUGAUGAUGGUGAAGAGAAUAAUGAUGAUGAACAUGAUGAAUGUAAUAAGGAUGAUGAAGAAGCAGAAAAAAGAAAUCAUGGUGCAGAAUUGAAAUCAGGAGCAACACAUGCACCAAGUAGAAAAAAGAAACAUACAGUUCAAGAAAACACUAUUGAGGAUGAUGAAGUAGAUAGUGUUUAUUAUGAGUCAGAUAAUCCACCUAGUUACCAAUCUGAGAUGGAAGAUGAUGAAGCUCAACUACAACUGGAACAAUCAAGUAAAGCCAAGGUCAAAUGUAAAUUUCCAUCUUACAAUCCAAGUGUUGAAUUUCCCGAGUUAGAGUUGGGCAUGUUUUAUGAAGAUGCAUCAGAGUUUAAGAAAGCAAUGAUUAAUUAUGCAGUGCACUUUAAGAGGGACAUAUGCUAUUAUAAAAAUGAGAGUAUGAGAGUGAUGUUUAAAUGUGCUGGCAUUGAGAGUAUUGAUGGUAAAGGCUGCCCAUUUCAUUGCACUGCUUCAUGGGAGGAGAAAUACAAGUGUUUUCAAUUAAAGACUCUUGAGGCCAACCAUAAUUGCAAUCAAAAGUUCAGCUUGCGUUUGGUGAGUCAAAGUUGGAUAGAAGAUAAAUAUGAAGAAAAAAUUAGAGAUAAUCCUUGCAUUGGACCUAUAGAGUUGAAAAAUCACAUUGAGUCAGAAUUGAAAAUAAAUUUAAGUAUUAGCAAAGUGAGAAGAGCAAUUAGGUCUGUGCUCAAAAAAAUUAAUGCAAGCUUUGAGGAUCAGUUUAGGAGAAUAAGGGACUAUGCACAAGAGUGUAUGAACUCUAACCUAGGAAGCAAAGUAAAACUAAAAACCAGUAUGGUCACACCUGACAGUCCUUGUGUGUUCCAAAGAAUUUAUGUAUGUUUUGAUGCACUAAGAAGGGGUUUCUUAGAUGGAUGUAGAAAGAUUAUUGGAUUGGAUGGGUGUUUUCUCAAAGGGUUGCUAAAGGGAGAAAUAUUAACUGCAGUAGGAAGAGAUGCAAACAAUCAGAUGUACCCUAUUGCAUGGGCUGUGGUGGAGAUUGAGAACACAGAUUCAUGGGGAUGGUUUUUAGAGUUGCUGAAAAAUGAUUUGGGAAUCACCAACACUUACCCUUGGACAAUAAUCAGUGACCAGCAGAAGGGAUUAACAACUGUUAUCCAAGAGUUAUUUCCGGAUUCAGAGCACCGAAAUUGUGCAAGGCAUGUGCAUGCAAAUUGGAGUAAGCGCCAUAAAGGAAAAGUUAUGAAGAAUCACUUUUGGAUGUGCGCCAAGUCAACAACAGAAGUUCAAUUUCAUGAACAACUAAAAGCCUUAGAAAUGAGAGACAAAGAGGCUAAAGCUGACCUAGAACGGUAUCCACCUAAGUUUUGGUGCAAGGCUUUUUUUAGAACAACAAGUAAAUGUGACAUUGUUGAUAAUAAUAUAUGCGAAGCAUUCAAUGGGACUUUGCUUAAAGCAAGAUGCAAGCCAAUAAUUCCCAUGCUUGAAGACAUUCGAGUGCUUGCUAUGAGAAGGAUAGCCAAAAAAAUGAAGUUCGUAGACACUUGGAAAGGUAGAUAUGGACCACUUAUUAUGAAGAAACUAAUUGCAAAUAAGAAAGAAAGCAUUGGAUGGAAGGUUGAUUUUAAUGGAGAUGAUGGAUAUGAGAUUAAGAAAGGACGAAAUCAUUUCAAAGUCAGGCUUGAAAAUAAGACAUGUUCGUGUAGAUCAUGGGAUUUGACAGGUCUACCUUGCCCUCAUGCUAUAUGUGCCAUCUUCGACAAUGGCAGGAAUAUGGAGGAUUAUCUUGAUCCAUGCUACUCAAAAGAAGCAUAUCAAAGGACUUAUGCACAUGCUCUUCUACCGAUGAAUGGAGAACUCUUCUGGCCUAAAACAAAUUGUGAGGAAAUUUUGGCUCCAAUCCCAAAAAAAAUGACAGGUAGGCCAAAGAAGAAAAGAAAUCGUGAGGAAAGUGAAGGUUCAUCAACUGCUAGUAAGAAGACUCAACUAAGUAGGAAGGGUCGCAUAAUGAGAUGUUCCAUUUGUAGACAAGAAGGGCAUACUAGAGCAAAGUGUAAUUCUGUUAGAGGUGUUUUGGGUUAA